AUGGUACGCGCAGUCAAGGGCGUCCUGUUGACUUGCGAUCCUGCUGUUAAGCAGUUGAUCCUCAGUCUGAACGACAAGCCUGCCAAUUCGAUAUCUACCAAUGGACUCGUUCCACCCUUCAUUGUUCAAGAUCUUGACGAUACUCAUCUCUUGGUGACUCAAGAUUGCAUAGGACCUCUACGCGCUGAAAUAGAGACCGAAGUGAGGAUUGUCUGGCUCUACACUUCAACGACAUACACCUUGUAUGGUUAG